AUGGAAAAGCUGAGAGCGCGUGACGGGCAAGUGGGCGAUCAAAGAAAGACGCGGCUGGUUGGAAGUAUCUUGGAAGCUGAACAGGUUUCGUGGGAUGAGGAGCAUCCUCGUGGAGAUCCAGUCAGCUAG